AUGAUUGGCCUCGCCAUCGCAGCCCUCGGCUUCGGAACGCAACCCAAGUCUUUCUCACUGUGCGAACCCAACCCCGAGUACCUCGUAUGGGACAUAAAGCCCGAGCAGACCGCAUGGCCGUUGGUCUACUUGGGGUGGCUUAAGGUGCCCAUCCUGCACGACCAGCCUGGGCUGGAAGAGCUGGGCGUUCCGCUCGGAUAUACCGCGCUGCGCGUCUCCGUCUAUACACGCUGCGCUCCAGCUGCCAAGCCGCUCCUGUCCCACUGCGGCGGGCCGGGCACCGACAACAGCUGCCAUUUGAUGAUGGGCGCUGAAACGAACCCUUUGGUCGAGCAAGGGUUGUACGACAACCUUGCCAUCACGCAGCGUGGCAUUGCAACCGAAGCGGACAACCGCUACGACGACGAUGACAACCUCCCGCCUGUGCCCUUCGAGGACGAAGACGGCACCCCCGUGACACGCUUCCCAACCAUCAAGUGCCUCAGCCCCGGGAGCGACUACACCUUAAACGCAGUGAAAGCCGCAUUUACGGUCGCCGGAAGGGAUUUCAAGCCGGUAGUUGACGCGCUGACGGAGGCGGGUUCGAAAGGGGCUUUUGUCAAGCACUACUUGUCGCUGAAGCCGGAACUGGUAGAGAUUUUGGCCCACCUCAAUCAAGCCGCGGCGCACGAGUGUCGCACCGUCCCCGAGUACCAGCUCGGGAAGAACGUGGCGCGGGGCCGCAUGGUGUACCAGGAUUUCGCGGGCACGACCGACUUGGCGCACGACCUCGAUUUGCUGCGCAGGGCCAUCGGCGCGACGCACCUCUCCAUCUGGGGCAUCUCCUACGGAACAGAGGUGGGCGGCGUUUAUGCGUCGAUCUUCCCUAACCAAGUUGACAAGCUCAUCCUCGACGGCAACGUGCCAAUCUCAGAGGACAUCUACGGCUACGCAAGGGUGCAGGCGCUCUCCUUUGAGGAGACGUGGAGCGGCCUCGCGGCCGCGUGCGACUCUGACUUCUUUUCGGUGGUGGGACCUACGGGCGAGAUUGAGCCGUCGGCCGCGCAGAUGUUUGCCGAGAAUUCCCUCGGCGCAAAGGAGCAGCUCGGCCUUUGCGCGGCGACGCCCUACCCGACUGAGAAGCUGGUGGACAUCUUGCAGCAGCUCGAGGAGUCUCCUGGGACCGAUGCUCUGCUUGAGCAAGCCAAGUUCUUCACGCUUCUCGACGCCGCCUUCCAGGGAGCAAGCCCCGUUCCAGGGCCAACCAUCAUGAGCAAAGGAAUUUAUCCGGCUGGCUCGAUGCUGAUGGCCUGCAUCCAGUCGUACGUCGACCGCCGCGAUUUCAAAGGGCCGGGCUGCUGCUUCAAACAGGCCAAUGCGGCAGAUGAGGAGGGCGAGGAGCGGCGUCUGGACGAGGAGGAGGAACGUGACAAUAAACCCGUGACGUUGGUGCGUGCGGUCGACAUUAAAGGCCGCUUGAGCCCUCCCGCGCUUGCACGCCUCUGGGAGGAAAUGAAGCGCCUGCAUCCGCUCGGCGCGAUGGGCGACACCAAUUACCACGAUAUCGCGGUCCAGCCCAAUUUGCCGCGUCCGACGCCCCCCAAAGGCCGCUCGUUCGAUCACUUGACGCCGCUGAUCAUCGGUCAAUUCGGCGACCCCGCGACGGUGUAUUCGGGUGCGCAGAUGAUGCAGAGGAUGUUUCCAAACGGCGUGCUGCUCUCCUGGCAAGGCUACAAACACGGUCUGCCGACUGACCCGUUCACCGACGAUCCGAACAAGGACGAGUAUUACAACGCUGGGAUGGGCGCCCAAGAGUGCUACGGCAAGGUGGGGGCAUAUCUCGAAACGGGCGUGCUUCCCAAGAACGGCGACGUUUGUCCCAUCAACGGCCCCACUGCCGGCGGUGCGCUCAAUCUGAGCAUGGCGAUCGGGGCGGUUGACGACGGCUAUUGCAUCGCCUGA